AUGUCGAACGCCAGUAUGCGAGCCAUCAUCAAGGACCCCAGAGAUUAUCUGCACCUCCCUUUGACCAUGUCGGAAGACUUGAUCCUUGUCACCGGGGCCACGGGUACCCAAGGAAGAGCGACCAUACGGGCAUUAUCAAAAUUAAAUGUCCGAGUGCGGGCUUUGGUGCGAUCAAUCACAUCCCCUGCAGCGCAGGAAUUGCGCAAUCUCCAAGUCGAAUUGGCCCUAGGCGAUUUCGACAACCCCAGCAGCCUAGGCUUGGCAUUAUGUGGCGUUACAAGAAUUUAUCUCAACGUCUCUCCGUCUCCGACGGACCCCGAGGCUGAGACUCGGCAUGCGAGAAAUGUCAUCGAAGCCGCUACCCAGCCAGGAAGCACCGUCCGCACUCUCGUCUAUUGUGCCACUGCCCUGACAGGCCAGCAUGAAAGUUUCCCAGGAUGGGAGAAUAGCUGUGAAUUCUCCAAGCAAUAUUGGCUAAGUAAAGCGACCAACGUCAACCAAGUCCGGGCGUCGGGUAUUUAUAACUGGAUCAUCCUUCGCCCUUGCACCUUCAUGUCCAACUAUCUCCAACCUUUGGCGCCAUUCUUCUUCCCAGAACUGCUCAGUACCGGGGUGUUUCGCACUGCUCUGACACCCAACACGCCAACCAUGUUGAUCAGCCCGGAUGAUGUGGGUCGGUUCGCUGCCAUCGCUCUGACUAACUCCGAACAAUUUCAUGGACGAGAGAUCGAUAUUGCAUCUGAGGCCCUCACACCCCCGGAGAUUGCGGCUGCGCUGGCUGAAGUAGCAGGAAGACCCGUGGACGCGCAGUAUAUGGAGAAACCCGAAAUCGAUCGACUGGCCCGUGAAAGCCACGUCAUUUGGGCUCAGACUUACUUCAACGAACAGAGCUGCAAGGUUGAUGUAGAGAAACUCUCCGCGGAAUUGGGAAUUCUACCAGUUAGUUUUCUUGAUUUUCUGAAUGUCCAUCAAGACCAUGUCAAGGCAUCGUUUGGGACUCUCUGA